UUAGAUUGAUCCAAGUUCGAAAAUCUAAACAAAUUGUAAUUUUCCCUCCUAAAUCAGUUCAACACUACUCCUCUUAGCAUUUGUUACAGUAAAAAUAAAAUACAAAUAAAAUAUAGCUACAAUGAAACCCCCACCACCAACUGGCUAGAAUUUAUGCUUUAUAAAACAAACAAUGUGGAGACGGACUCAUAAGACACAAUCAGCCUUAUUCAUGUGACUUUGAUCUCUGCUUGUGCCAUUCUUGUGCAACCACCCACAAAUGUCUCUUCCUCCUCCUCGUCUGCCUGCCUCCUUCUUCCUUGUCAUUUUCUUGCUUGCUUCUAAUUCUUUCCUCUCCCAGAUCUGCUCUGCAGCCGACGAGGAUGAAGAGUUGGAUGUUGUAGUAGAUCAAAACCUGCGGUUUGAGAACCCAAGGAUUCGUGAAGCCUACAUUGCUUUGCAAGCUUGGAAGUCUGCCAUAUUUUCCGACCCAUUUAACUUCACAGCCAACUGGAAUGGGUCUGAUGUCUGUUCUUACAUGGGAAUAUACUGUGCUCCCUCUCCGUUCAAUCCCAAAAUCAGAGUUGUGGCCGGCAUUGACCUCAACCACGCUGACAUUGCUGGCUAUCUCCCUCCAGAGCUUGGCCGCCUCACCGAUCUUGCACUCUUUCACCUUAACUCCAAUCGCUUCUGUGGUGUUGUUCCGACCAGCUUUCGCCACAUGAAGCUCCUUCAUGAGCUUGACUUGAGCAACAAUCGCUUUGUAGGCAAAUUCCCCAAUGUGGUUCUGUCUCUGCCUUCUCUCAAGUACUUGGAUCUUCGAUUCAAUGAGUUUGAAGGGUCAGUUCCCUCCAAGCUCUUUGACAAGGAACUUGAUGCCCUUUUCUUAAACGAUAACAGGUUCCGAUUUGGUAUUCCUGAGAAUCUUGGAAACUCUCCUGUUUCCGUACUGGUCUUUGCCAACAAUGAUCUCGGAGGUUGCAUUCCUGGAAGCAUUGGGAAGAUGGGCAAAACGCUGAAUGAAAUCAUACUCAUGAACGACAACCUUACUGGAUGUUUGCCUCCACAGAUCGGGAUGCUCCAGGAAGUUACCGUCUUUGAUGUGAGCUUCAAUCAUCUCCAGGGAUCUCUGCCAGCCUCCAUUGGCAACAUGAAGAGCUUAGAGCAGCUGGAUGUUGCCCACAAUGGCUUCACGGGUGUGAUUCCAGCCACUGUUUGCCAGCUACCCAACUUGCAAAACUUUACUUACUCUUUCAAUUAUUUCACUGGAGAACCACCAAGUUGCUCCGCAAUUUCUGGUGUUGGUAGGGUGUCAAAUGGUACCAUGAACUGUAUUCCUGGCAAGAAGGAUCAGAGAUCCUCCAGGGAAUGCUCUUCCGAUGCUGCUCGCCCUGUGGACUGCAGAAAGUUCAAAUGUAGUGGUGGUGGAAGUUCUGGUGGCGGUAGUGGCAGUUCCCCAUCGCCGAAAAAAAGGCCUCCUGCUCCAAGGCCGUUUAUGAAAUCCCCACCACCACCUUCUUCAGAGUCUUCGCCUUCCACCAGAUCACAUCCUCCUCCUCCACCAUCAUCGCCUUCUUCCCCAAUUCCUCCUUUCCAUUCCCCACCAUCACCACCACCACCAAAUAACUCUCACUUUUCAACUCCACCACCCCCUACUCAAAGGGUAUCACCUAAGACGCAACUUCCGCCGCCACCUCCACCUGUUCACUACGAGCCCAAACAAUCGCCUCCACCACCAAUAGCACAAGCACCUCCAUCAGGCCAUUACUACAAUACACCACCACCACCACCAGGUCAUUACCAUAAUAUACCACCUUCACCACCAAUAGUACAACCACCUCCAUCAACUCCAUCAGGCCAUAACUAUAAAACACCUCCACCACCUUCACCACCACCGCCAAGCCAUUACCAUAACAUACCACCUUCACCACCAAUAGUACAACCACCUCCAUCAACUCCAUUAGGCCAUAACUAUAAUACACCACCACCACCACCAAGCCAUUACCAUAAUAUACCAACUUCACCACCAAUAGUACAACCACCUCCAUCAACUCCAUCAGGCCAUAACUAUAAUACACCACCACCAACAAGCCAUUACCAUAAUACACCACCCUCACCACCGCCACCAACUCAGGUUCAGUAUUCCCCACCGCAGAAUGAACAUAGAAGUAGAACACCACCUCCUUAUCCAUCAAAGGGGCAGCCAGUAAGUCCACCUCCACCACCAAUGGAAAAAUACACACCUUCUCCUCCGCCAUCAAACGAGCAUCCGUGGACUCAGUCUCUCCUCCACCGGUAGAAUAUCAACCACCACCCAAUGAGCCAUGUCAUCCUCUCCCUCCUCCACCCCCACCAGAGUGCACAACUCCAGUAUCACCACCACCGCCAAGGCACAAUUCAACCCCAUCACCAUAUGCACCAACACCUGGUCAUCACUAUUCAAAACCGCCCCCACCUCCUGAACAACAAUGGCAUUACCCACCGUCCCCGCAGCAUCAAAACGCUCCUCCCCCUCCUCCAUCAACCCACUAUUCAGAUUCAUCCCCACCACCUCCUCCUCCUCUGCCACCCUCAUUUGAAAACAGACCACUUCCACCAAUUAGAGGAGUAUCAUACGCAUCUCCUCCUCCGCCCGUGAUUCCCUACUACUAAUGGAAUGUUGUUGCGCGCCAUUGAGUUGUAAUUCAAAUUCUUUUGGUGCAACCAUCAACCAUGAGUGGCUCGCAUGUUAAUUGUGUGUUUUUUGUUCAGCUUGAGCACUAUUUUUUUUUUCUAAAUAUAUAUAAUAAUUCAUCUUUUAUUUCUUUCUUUGGCAUCCUUCUGCUAAUAUAUUUGUUAUACGGGCAAUGAGUUGAACACUUUGUGUGUAAUUUAUAAAAUUAUAUGUGGAUUCAAUUAGG